AUGAAAAAUGCUGGAUGUCAGGCCCAUGUAUCAUUGCCCCCUCCCUCCCCUCCCCCAACACAACCAGAAGCCCACCGACAGUGUUGUUCUGCAUCCACCUGUGAAGAGCAGGGUGUUCAGCGGGGAGCACCUGGGAACAAAGGGUCUAAAGGGGACGAUGGGAUUGGUCUGCCCGGCAAGAUAGGUCCGAGAGGUCUUGUUGGAGCAGCCGGUCAGGCUGGUGUCAAAGGUCAGAAGGGUGAGCCGGGGGAGACGCUGGACGACUCCAACCAGCGGGUGGCAUUCACCGUGGUGAGGACAAGCCAGUUCACCUCUUCCAGUCACGACACCCGUUUGCCCUUCCAGCAGACCGAGAUACUUUUGUCGGGUACCAGCUUCGAUCUCGAGACCGGUACGUUCACCUGCAGUGUGCCGGGCACCUACGUAUUUUCCUUUUCUGUUCUUAAGUAUAGCAAUAGUGGUAGCCUUCACAUCCAUCUUGUUAAAAACAGUUACUGGGUGAUCACUACUUAUGGUGAAUCAAGUCAACGCGGUCAGUUGUCUGGUAGCGCUGUGCUGGUUCUGCAGCGUGGAGACGCGGUGUAUUUAGCGAUGUACGGUCGGGUGCACAGUGAUUCCACCCAGCACUUCAGCUCAUUUAGUGGCUUUCUCCUUAACUCCGAAUAA